AUGAGGAUCUUUACAGUCAGGCACAUGCUCACACAGAUAUAGUACAUACAGACCUAUACAAACCCAUGCAUUCUAAUGGGCAUGCAGACCUGUUAAGAGACCUGAGACGCAGCAGUUCUUGUCUUGUAUUUAGGGGCAGUAGAAUACAGAGUGUAAAGUGACAGUAGUAGUUAGACCUCUGACACUCCUCUGGUCAAUAUACACACAGAAACAAAUAUACCCAUACUCUGUUUUGGAGUCGGAGUUUUGGAGUUAUGAGUGACUUCAGGAUGACUAAGAGUGGCCAUGUGUUCCUCAGUCCUUCGGUUAUUACAUGGGGCCAGAGGAGAGGACACAGUGAUACAUCAGACCUAUUUGCAAUGAUCGAGAGGAUGCAGGGCAGCAGAAUGGACGAGCAGAGAUGCACCUUCCCUCCACCCCUCAAAACAGAGGAGGACUAUAUCCCUUACCCCAGCGUUCACGAGGUCCUGGGUCGUAGGAGCCCCUUCCCCCUAAUCCUGCUGCCUCAGUUCGGGGGCUACUGGAUCGAGGGGACCAAUCACAAACCCAGUGCCACACCUGAGCCUGAGCAGAAGCCUUGUGCUUCCUCCCACAUCAAGCUGGAGACCAACAGCAUGGCCAAGAUCUACAGGAAACAGUUCAUGGGCAAGGAACACUUUAAUUACUACUCCAUGGACAUCGGCCUGGGCCACCUGGUCUUCUCCAUGAAGUAUGAUGUCAUCGGGGACCAGGAGCAUCUCUGCUUGCUGCUAAGGACCAAAUUAAAAACUCACCAUGAUGUGAUUCCUAUCUCCUGCCUGACUGAGUUCCCCAACGUGGUCCAGAUGGCCAAGCUGGUGUUUGAAGAGGUAAAUGUGGACAGAUUUUACCCAGUCCUUUACCCAAAGGCUUCAAGGCUCAUUGUCACCUUUGAUGAGCAUGUCAUCAGCAACAAUUUCAAGUUUGGAGUCAUUUAUCAGAAGUUUGGCCAGACCACUGAAGAGGAGCUAUUUGGGAACAGCGACGAGAGUCCUGCUUUUGUGGAGUUCUUGGAGUUUCUGGGGGACAAGAUUGAGCUCCAUGACUUUAAAGGGUUCAGAGGAGGACUAGAUGUCACCCACGGCCAGACAGGAACAGAGUCUGUCUACACUAACUUUCACAACAAGGAGAUCAUGUUCCACGUGUCCACCAAGCUGCCAUAUACAGAGGGAGACUCUCAGCAGUUGCAGAGGAAGAGGCACAUAGGCAACGACAUCGUGGCCAUCUUGUUUCAGGAGGAAAACACACCCUUUGUGCCAGACAUGAUAGCCUCCAACUUCCUGCAUGCCUAUGUGGUGGUGCAGGUGGAGAAUGCCUGCUCAGACAAUGUCACAUACAAGGUGUCUGUGACAGCGAGAGAUGAUGUGCCUUUCUUUGGACCCGCUCUACCGGACCCGGCCAUCUUUAGAAAGGGGCAUGAGUUCCAUGAGUUCCUGUUCACUAAGCUGAUCAAUGCGGAAUAUGCCUGUUACAAGGCUGAGAAGUUUGCAAAACUGGAGGAGCGCACGCGGUCGGCCCUGUUGGAGACCCUGUAUGAGGAGCUACACAUCAACAGCCAGUCCAUGAUGGGCCUGGGAGGGGACGAGGACAAACUGGAAAAUGGGGCCGGGGGGGGAGGGGGCUUCUUUGAGUCCUUUAAGCGGGUGAUCCGCAGCAGAAGCCAGUCUAUGGAUGCCAUGGGCCUCAGUAACAAGAAGCCACACACUGUCUCCACUAGUCUCAGUAGCAGCUUUACCGAGACCCCCAAAACCCCAGGGAUAUCAUUACUUGUCCCAGGGAAAAGUCCCAGUAGAUAUCAUGGACGUCGCGGCAGUGCCAUAGGGAUAGGAACAAUAGAAGAGUCUCUGAUCAUUCCUGGGAAGAGCCCCACCAGGAAGAAGUCUGGGCCCUUCAGUGCCAGACGGAGCAGCGCCAUCGGGAUUGAGAACAUCCAGGAGGUGCAGGAGAGGAGUCGGGAAGUGUCCCCCAGCACACAGAGGACUCCAGACAGUGGACACAUCUCCCAGGACCCCAAAUCAGAGAACUCAUCUAAUCAGAGCUCACCAGAGAUGCCCACAACAAAGAACAGUUUGGCCAUGUGUUGCAGGGCCCCUUCUAUCCCUGAGGCCCAGGAUCUGUCCCGCUCCUCGUCCAACGCCAGCAGCUUCGCCAGCGUGGUGGAGGAACACGAUAACGAGGGCAUCGAAGAGUACGACACAGGACUGGAGAGCCUGUCCUUUUCUGGAACACCACACAAGAGAGACUCAUUUGCGUACGUCUCCUGGGUAGAGGAUAGUGUGAGCAGUACUAGUGCCACCAGCCAGGGCAGCUCUCCAGCACUUGCACGGUCCCAGCAGCCUGAGGGGGGCAAAGGGGAAGAGCUCAAAAAGGCGGAGAGCCGAGACAAGACAGAGCGGUCACAGGAUAAGUCAUCAUCGCAUUCCCAUAAGAGGCACCCCCUGCAGGAGAUGAAGCAAGCGCACGUGUGUUCCACCACAGAUGCAGAGGAGGAGCAGAGCUAGUCGCUGGGACAGACAGCUAGACCUGGUAUAAACUAGUCCAGUCUGAACAGCCAGGUCCAUGGACAUGCACUUACAGCCUUCCCUCAUCCCAACUCUUUGUGGCUGACUCCCAGCAUGCCUAGAGGGGUGAAGGAGAGGAUCAGCCCGCACCCAUUCCCAAAAUGAGUGCCACUCACACAGUAUCGCUUCUGGCUGUUGUCUGUUGGCUCGCUUAGCCUACAUAUAUUUCUGCUCCAUGAGCUCUGUGAAGCCUAAAUCUGUUCAUGUGGUAACUCAUAGUAUACUCUCCCUUGUCCUCUCUAUGGCAUUGUUUUUGUUUUGGUUUGAAGGUGGAGUGAGGGGAGGAUCUUAAGCAUUAGACAGAUUGGUGUUGCAGGAGAUCCGUUGAUCAUGCAUUAGGGGAAGUUUUCUGUUAGGCUAAAGAGGAAUGCAUGAGGAGGAUAAGAGGGUGUUGUCCUGUUGUCAUUGUUGGAAGAACUGACAUUAUUGCUCCCAUCAACCUCACAUCCCACCAUGAUGCUGUACAUUUGUUAUUCUUGGUGUCCCGGAUCCUUUGAUGUCACACCAAGCCUUGUGUUUUAUUAAUGGUCAAUUAAGAGUGUAAUGGGGGAUGUUGACUUAAAACUUUUAGUAAAUGUUACAUGUUUUUGAUAGAAGGUACUUUUAUCAUCAUGCUGCUGCUGGUUUUGAUUCCAUUAUUCAUUUCCCCUGACAAACUGUACAAUUGCAGUUCACAGUUUAUGUUGAAUGGACAAUAUUUUACUGACUCCAUAAUUAUAGUCAACGUAUUUCAGGCCAUUUAAAGGGGUAAUCUGCAGUUCAAACAAUAACAGUCUUUACCCCGCCACUGUUUCGAUAACCAGCUGAGUGAUGGGGUUGGCGAAAAGUAACCACUCUCAAAUUCCUAGACAGAGCUAUGGAUGCAAGGACUGACCAUCCAUGAUUGCAAAAUUAUACUUUUAACCAUGUUGAGACUAUAUAGUGUUUGUUUACAGUUACCUUGUUUACUAACUAAUGAGUAAAACACGCUUAUGUUUGGGGUUUUGAUGGGGUACGACAGUUGAACUAAGCGCAUGAAGCAUUUAUAAGUAAUAUUCUUCAAGAAUCAAUGGGUAUAUAAAAUUAAUUGAAAUGUUUUAAAAAAAGAAGCUAUGUAGCAAUCGUAGAUUGCCCCUAUAAACUGAGAAAAAAACAUGCAGUAUUGAAUUACCGAUAAGGUCUGGUGUCCAAACUAAAUUACUCAUCAGUCUUCAUCACUGUCCCAUACUGUAGAUAGUACCACACAGUCAGACAUUCCUCCAAGGUGACCUAACCAAAGCACACAGCCUCUAAAGCCAAGCUAUUGUCCAGUGACUACUGUCUUCAGUUUAUUUUUUAAAACCUCUAGUUUGAUUAAAAGUAUGUGUUUGGAUGUGUAUGCAUGGUGGUGUAAAUCUGCUUGCAAAACCAUGUCAACUGUACAGUACCACGCAGGAAAUAGAUUGUUUCUUCAAACCAGUCCAACUUCUCUAGAAAAGCAGACAGAUAAAGAGUCAUUAUUUCUUCAAAUCAGUUUCGAUAGAGAAAUAUGGCGAUACAAGUGUAACGUGGAAACCGGCACUACAUUUUCAAUUAAUUGCUGAUCAUUUGAAAAUCUGACUUGUGGCAAGUCUUGAAGUGGCCUUUUUAAUGAUUGUGUUAAGUAAGCUGCUUUGUAGGAGGGUAUCCCCUUCAUAUAAGGAAUCUAUCCCAUGGUGGAUAUCGCCAACUGGAAUCUAUCACCAACUGGUUUGAAUGUAAAACUAAACAGAUAUAUGUAUUCAUUUGUAGACAUCUGCUCUCAAUGAAUGGAACCUUUGUAUCUUGUGUAAUGUUUUACAUUUCCUGAUUAGAGACAUUUUCCCUCAUCUCAGAUUUAUAUAAUGAAAAUACCUGAUAUGAAGGCAUAGUUUCCAUUACUUUUUAUUUCAAUUAAAUGAACAAAAGCUCAAAUGGAAUUUAGUUGCACUUUGUCAGUUGUGGCAUGAAUGCAUAAACCUUUUACACUCCUUUUGAAAUCUUUCAGUUGAAUCUAAAGGAUCUCUGUAGGUAAGGAACACUACAUCAAAAUACAGUUAGUUUGACAUGUAUUUAUUAUUAAACACCAUUCUGAAGAUUAUGAUUCAACAAAAAACUAUUACCGGUAAUUGAAAUGUGAUUGGAAAGAUGAGAAAGUAACCUUUCAUCAGCUUAAGAGAGCCUUUGGAGUCAGUGUGUAUUCCAGGCACUGAAACUCAAAAUAUAUCAAACACAAUUUUCAUCUCAAAGCUUAAAAUAAAUGUAUUAAAACUCACAAGUCUUCAGAAAUGCUUGAAUAGUUGGAUCACACCCUCUGGUGGCUCCAGAUUAUACUUACACAUUCAUCUGUGGUCCUGUUCAUCUGUACCUGUGUUUGUACAUGUAAAUGCAAGACACUUGGAUUGAGCACCCAGCCAAUCCAAACAGAUUCAGCCUACAAUGUGCUUAAUUCAGAUGAUUGUAUUUCUGUUCUCAUUGACAAUCUCCUUAAGCCCUUGUUAAAGUCCGAAAGUCUUGUUUAUAAAUAUAGCUUUUCAU